AUGUUCUCUCGAACGUGGAGGUUGUUGACUGUCUCGAAAGCGGCGGUUGAGAGCUACAUGGAUUAUCUUCAAAAUGCUGAUCGAGAACUACCCGCUCUUAGUGAAAUUCUUCCGCGACACCAGUUGAAUUCUAAAGAUCUUUUGGAGUUUCACUCUCUUUUGUGUGAAGUAAUGCAGGAUAAUGGUUUCAAAUUUAUGGGAAUAAAAGUAGUUCCUCCUACUGCAGGAGCAUUACAGUCUCUUAGAUCGACAGAUGCUGUUUGUAUGCCAAUUUUUUCUAAUGCAUUUCAGAAUUCUACAUUAUCAAUAAAACAACAUCGAGUUCAAUACGUUGAACCACUUUUUGUUUUGCGUUUAGGGUGUGAUGCUCCAUCACAGGUAUCAGUUCAUGCAGCUCCUGCUGUAUGCGAUAUCUUUUCUCCUGGUAUUGAGGUUACUGGAUCAAGGUUUCCUUUUUAUCCACCUCAUUCAACAGGAUUUGCUGCAGAUUUGGGUGGAUGUAUCGCUUUGAGUCUUGGUGGGGAAACAAGGCUUGAUCAAACUUCUUUGGAUACAUUAGGUGGUCACCACUUUGUUCUGACUCGAAAAAAUGAACCUCUUCAGGUUGGUUCUGCUAAGAAUUGUCUUGGAAGCCCAAGUGCGGCAGUUGCUUUAGCGGUAAGUUACGCAGUUUCUAUUGGGAAACCUCUUCGUACUGGUCAUUAUGUGUUUUGUAGUGGAGUGGGUUCGCGGUCUCCCGCUCUUCCAGGAGAUUAUCAAGUUAAUUAUGGUGUUUAUGGUAGUGUUUUCUUUUCUCUUACUUAA